CAGCCAUUAAUGUCUAAACCGCUGGCAACAAAAGUGAGUACACCCCUAAUUGAAAAUGUCCAAAUUGGGCCCAAAGUGUCAAUAUCUUGUGUGGCACCAUUAUUUUCCAUCACUGCCUUAACCCUCUUGGGCAUGGCGUUCACCAGAGCUUCACAGGCUGCCACUGGAGUCCUCUUCCACUCCUCCAUGACGAAAACACGGAGCUGGUGGAUGUUAGAGACCUCGUGCUUCUCCACCUUCCGUUUGAGGAUGCCCCACAGAUGCUCAAUAGGGUUUAAGUCUGGAGAAAAGCUUGGCCAAUCCAUCACCUUCACCCUCAGCUUCUUUAGCAAGGCAGUGGUUGUCUUGGAGGUGUGUUUGGGGUCGUUCUUAUGCUGGAAUACAUGCUGGGAUCAUGCUCUGCUUCAGUAUGUCACAGUACAUGUUGGUAUGAUCAGUAUGGUUCCCUCAAUGAACUGUAGCUCCCCAGUGCCGGCAGCACUCAUGCAGCCCCAGACCAUGACACUCCCACCACCAUGCUUGACUGUAGGCAAGACACACUUGUCUUUGUACUCCUCACCUGGUUGCCACCACACACUCUUGACAUCAUCUGAACCAAAUAAGUUUAUCUUGGUCUCAUCAGACCACAGGACAUGGUUCCAGUAAUCCAUGUCCUUAGUCUGCUUGUCUUCAGCAAACUGUUUGUGGUCUUUCUUGUGCAUCAUAUUUAGAAGAGGCUUCCUUCUGGGACGACAGCAAUGCAGACCAAUUUGAUGCAGUGUGCGGCAUAAGGUCUGAGCAUUGACAAGCUGACCCCCCACCCCUUCAACCUCUACAGCAAUGCUGGCAGCACUCAUACGUCUAUUUCCCAAAGACAACCUCUGGAUAUGACGCUGAGCGCUUGCACUCAACUUCUUUGGUCAACCAUGGCGAGGCGUGUUCUGAGUGGAACCUGUCCUGUUAAACCACUGUAUGGUCUUGGCCACCAUGCUGCAGCUCAGUGUCAGGGUCUUGUUAGUCUUCUUGUAGCCUAGUCCAUCUUUAUGUAGAGCAACAAUUAUUUUUUUCAGAUCCUCAGAGAGUUCUUUGCCAUGAGGUGCCAUGUUGAACUUCCAGUGACCAGGGAGUGUGAGAGCGAUGACACCAAAUUUAACACACCUGCUCCCCAUUCACACCUGAAACCUUGUGACACUAACAAGUCACAUGACACCAGGGAAGGAAAAUGGCUAAUUGGGCCCAAUUUGGACAUUUUCACUUAGGGGUGUACUCACUUUUGUUGCCAGCGGUUUAGACAUUAAUUAGUGUGUUGAGUUAUUUUGAGGGGACAGCAAAUUUACACUGUUACACAAGCUGUACACUCACUACUUUACAUUGUAGCAAAGUGCCAUUUCUUCAGUAUUGUCACAUGAAAAGAUAAACAAAUAUUUACAAAAAUGUACUCACUUUUGUGAGAUACUGUAUAUAUUUUGAAAAGUCUUUUGAAUGCAAAAUGUUUAAAUGUAGAAACAAACCAGGACAGUAUUAUUUGCUUUGUAGGAUUAGGAAUCUACUGUGCUGAACAUAAGAUGCACACAAGAAGGAUCACAUGAAUAAGCUUGGGUAGGGUAGUACAGAGCAGAUGAUUUGUUUGCGCUACAGUGAACAAUGUUUCAAAUCGGUUUUUAAAUGACUACCAGAACUACAGCAUGGAUGUAAUAAAAAACUGAGCUAAAUGGGGACGUGAGCAUACUGCCCCAUGAUUCCACAAUGACCAAACCAGUGGCUCAUGAGUUUAUAUCUGUUAAGUAGGAAUUAGCAUUUAUUUAAAUAACAUUGUGUGUAUUUUGUUUUUCUUCAUUCACUACUGAUAUGCUGUAUUUAUUGACUUUAUUUAUUGUGCCACAUUCAUGACCAUGGAAAUGAACCAAACCAUUUAGAAGAUGCAUAAUGGAGAUGAAUAAAGGAAUUUGAAACCACAUCUUGUAAAUGAAUUGGUGAUGCAGUAGUACUGUGUGUGUGUGAGGUAUAAAUCUAGGGGGGGUGGAUUAAGCUUUAGAGUUUCAGAGUGCAUCGUGAAAAUUUCACUUUAAGAUGCCCACCCCGGAUAGACAGACCCCCUCCUUUCUCCCUUCUCCUCCUCCUCUUUCUCGGGUCACCUGAUUCUGCCAUUUUGCGCUGAGCAUCCGGCUCUGAAUUGGAGGCAAACGCUGGAUUUGUUCAUCUGUUCUACAUCAUGAUGCUGAACAGCUGAAUUUGCAUGCGUGAGGACCUUGGUGUGGAACUGGGAUAACGGAUGGUCGUGUGCUCAUUGCAGUGUCCUCAUGAAGCAGGCUGAAGGAAUCUGACAAUGAGACUGAGUGGCUAGCCUGAUCUUGAACCUGAACCUGAUCCCGAUCCUGUUUCUGCUCUGCGGCUUAGUGUUAGACCGGGCGUCUUUCUGCUGCACGCGUCACCUCGUCAACUCACCUGCGAGUAGAAAACCAAAUCGUAAAUCGUAACGGUUCGUCGUAUCGGAGCAGCAGUUACAUGGUUAACCGGCGGCGCGGGAGGGUAGCAGUCACCAUAGUGAUGUCCUAUUGCGGGUAGUAACGCAAGGGUCUGCUUCAAUUAAACGCAUUUCGAUCGCUCAUCACUUUUGGGGGGGAUCGCGCGCUCGUUCUUCGUCCUUGAUCGGCACGUCGUUCAACUGAAUGUCAGCAUCCUGCCGAUCUCUCUGCACAUAUCCAGUGCGCUCUCCACCCCUGCAGUGAAUACGUCCAUUGAUUGAAAGGCAAUCUCUCUCUCUCUCUCACACACACACACACACACACACACACACACACACACACACACAGAGAAGAGCCGAUCAUGUCGGGACAAUCUCUCACGGACAGGAUCGCCGCGGCGCAGCACAGCAUGAGCGGAUCGGCCAUCAGCAAAGCGGUGUGCAAGGCCACGACGCACGAAGUCAGCGCGCCCAAGAAGAAGCACCUUGACUAUCUGAUGCAUUGCACCAAUGAGCUGAGUGUGAGUAUACCUCAUCUGGCUGACACUCUGAUUGAGAGGACAUCCAGUCAAAGCUGGGUUGUGGUGUUCAAAACCCUUAUCACCACACAUCAUCUCAUGAUGUAUGGCAAUGAGAGGUUCAUCCAAUACCUCGCAUCCAGAAGCACACUCUUUAACUUGAAUAAUUUCAUAGAUAAAGGGGCAUUACAAGGUUAUGACAUGUCCACCUACAUUAGACGAUACAGCAGAUAUCUUAAUGAACGGGCAAUGUCCUACAGGCUGGUAGCAGUUGACUUCACCAAGAUGAAGAGGGGAAUUGAUGGGGUGAUGCGCACCAUGAGCACAGAGAAGCUGAUGAAGACCCUCCCAAUCAUUCAAAAUCAACUGGAUGCCCUUCUGGACUUUGAGGCCAGCUCUAAUGUACUGACCAAUGGUGUGAUCAAUGGUGCCUUCAUGCUGCUCUUCAAGGACUCUAUUCGCAUCUUUGCUGCUUACAACGAGGGUGUUAUUAACCUUCUAGAGAAAUAUUUUGAUAUGAAGAAGCACCAGUGUAAAGAAGCCCUGGAAAUAUACAAGAAGUUUCUUAUCAGGAUGACCAAGCUCUCAGAGUUUCUCAAAGUGGCAGAGCAAGUUGGAAUUGAUCAGGUUGACAUCCCAGAUCUCUCACAGGCCCCAAGUAGUCUCUUACAAGCUCUUGAACAGCACUUGGCCUCUUUGGAAGGCAAGAAAAUCAAAGAGCUCUCCUCCAUCAACAGGGAUGAGAAACAGCAGGCUCAGGAGGCUGAGGGCAACAGAUUACAGCCUACAAAAGGAGUACAGCUCAAAGAUAUUGGCAUGCAGACCCCAACAGUGUCCCCCAGCGGGCAGUCCGUGGGCAGUGCCAACAGCAGCUGCACCAGUAGUGGUGCUACUGAGCUCCUCUCCAGUCCACCAGAUCUACCCAUCACAAACGGUGUGCACAGUUUCACCAAUGAUCAUUUCGACCUCCAACACAACCUCACCGCCCCUAUUCCAACUAGCACCCUGCCUGCCAAUAACAACGGCUGGGGAGGACCCCUACUCAAGCCCACUUCACAGGUCCACGGCCAAGGCACACAAUUCCAUAACGGAGGAAAGUUACUGACUAACGACUUGGACUCCUCUUUGGCCAACCUAGUGGGCAAUUUGCACUUUGGAGCACCCUUGGCCAAAAAGCCAGAGAUGCAGUGGACCCACCUGGAGAAGAAAACUACAGGAGGAUCUCACUGGCAGUCUAAAGCCAUGAGUGGCACCGCACCGUGGGGACACACACACCUGGCCCCAGCCCCAAUUCCUAUGCCACAGAUGAAUGGAAUGAUUUAUACUGGCUAUGCACCAGCUCCGGUAGCAUUUCCAAUGACAACCCCCCAAGUGCCUGUAUAUGGGAUGAUCCCUCCUCCCAUGGGCCAGAUGAGUUCAAUGCCGUUGAUGGCACCCCAGCCUGUGAUGUACAACCAGCCUGUUCUCCGCACCACCAACCCCUUCACUCCUGUCCCUGGGACUCAGAUGCACUUCAUGUAGCACUAAGGAGAAUGUCAGACUGACAGUAGCACCAGAGGAAAAACAUCAACCAACCCAAAACCAAAUAUGACAACGAUGAUGUGAGAAUUGGCUCAGAGACUGACAUGUUCAUGUGCCAUUUUUGCCCCUUGAGCUGUGUGUUUGUAGCAUUCCCUGCCCCCAGAACAUAACAUAGUCCUGUCAUUUUACAUGUUCUCUUUAAUUUCCUAAGUGUCAGAUCUAGUGUUUCUAGAUGGCCCUCUUAGAUGAUGUCACUGGCUGAAUGCGAAUGGGAGUGACAAUGUAUAGUGAUUUGCGGUGGAAUGAAACAAUGUCAUGAUGUCAAGUCUCCUGCCCCCCUAUUUCCCCCCGGUUGGAGAGUUUGUUGUUGUAAUUGUGUGCACCUGAAACUUUAAUGUUUAUAAUGUCUAAACCAAGCCACGGUUUUGUAUGCACAUUGCCUGAAUAGUGUUUCGAAUCAACCACUGUCAAUGUUGAUGAUCGUGCCACAGUUGCUGGCCUCCUGAAUUCUUGAGUCCUGGAGAAAUGUGUACAGGUCACUUUUGUACAUUUGUCUUGUCCCUGAACAUUUUGGACUUCACCUUACAAGUUGAAGCUGUUUAUGCAUACAGUAACUUGUAACAUUUCAUUCAGGUAUGGUUAAGGUAUGGCUGUAUGGAUUAAAAAGAAAUACAGCAGUG